AUGAUUACUUUCUAUCACCCUUUAGCCUUCUUCUGCUUCAGCUUUCUUCGUAUAUAUCAAGGCAUAGCUUGGGGGCCUAUUGAUCCUACAAAAGGGUUCAUCUCCUUACCAUUUAAUACGUCAUAUUAUCACAUUCAGAAGCCAUAUGAUGUGCCUGAAGAUCAGCGCUACAGCUUCAUCGAUGGAGUUCACAAGCUGUGGGUUUAUGCCACGGACAAACCUCAUACUCUUACAAGCCAAACAAAGCCUCGCACUGAGAUUGCCAUUCAAGGAUACAACUACUCUUCAGGUGUUUGGCAAUUCGAAGGAUAUGGCUAUGUUCCAUUCGGUACAACAGGUGUUUGCAUAAUGCAAGUCUUUGGAGCAACUCCUCCUCGCGCCACGACUCUAAUGGUUAGAGUAUACAACGGUUCCCUCAUGUACUACCAGAGCAUGGUCUUGGUUCCAUACAUCUAG